UUAACAUGUUAUCGCUAUAUGUAAAAGUACGUUUACAUAUGAAAAUAAUCUCGUUCAAUAAUCUAAUAACCGUUUACAUAGUCAAAUGAGAUUAUUAACUGUCAAUUGUGUUGUAUUUGUUUUCUUAUUGGUGCAGUUUAAAUUCUCAUGAACCAAUUUUAACUCGGGAACUAAAUAAUAAACAAGAGCAUAUAAUAAAUAUUAAAGAUAUGAAAGAAAAACAAAAGAACGCGAUUGUAUACUUGAUUGCGCAGAUGGCUGCCAGUAGUAAGAAUUUGGCAGAAAUACGGAAAAGACUAAAUAACAAUAGACCAAAACAUUUAUGGAAUUUGGAAACAUUGGCGGAAGAGAGCACGGAAGAAUUGCCGCUUGCAGACGGGGAACCUGCUAAGAAAAAGAAAAGGACAAAUGUUUCAGUUAACAUUCAAAAUGAAUUUUUGGAAGAAUUCCGAGCUUCGAAUAGGAGAAUAGCGGCCAAAAUUGAAGCAAUUAGAGAGAAUGACAGGAAGGCCUUGCAAAUUGAAGGAAAGAGAAAUGUCAUCCUCGAAAAAUUUCUGGAAGCUUUUAAACAAAGCAAAUAACCAUGAAUUUCAUUCGCGGAAUUGUGUCCAUUUCCACCGACAUAUCUUAGAAAACAUGAGAACUGCGUUUUACACUACAAAGCUGCUGCAAUUUCUCAUCCCAUAAGGUCAAGAGAAGUUCAACUUAUUCUCUGUUCCACUUUAAUUUUUAAUCUCGAAUUUACGAGAUUGAUUUUGUAUGUUAAAUCUCUUUUCUUAAUUACGGAUUAACGAGUUAAGCUUAUAAAUGGAUAUUAAAUGCGAUAUAUGUUUUAUAAUCCCAAUAUGUAUAAAAUAAAACAAAAUUGGUAUACUUUUCAGAUAGUCGUACUUCAGCUGCACUGUCUCUUGUUUUUAAUAUUAUUAAAAUAGCAUAUAAAAGAAAUGUGUAUGUAUGCAAAUAUGUUUGCAUCUACAUAUGUAUGCAUGUAUUAAAGUAGUAUUCCUUCAUAUACAUAUGAUUGCAUUUUUACAUAUCAAUAACUUAUUAUUUAUUUUGUAUUAAAUACAUAAAUAUUAAAGAUUUAUUCUCCAAUAUAGAUCUCUUAAACACAUAUGUAUAUUAUAUUUACCUUACGCACUAAUCAGCAGGAAUAUUUCAUGUUAACAAUUGGCAAUUUCUCUUAAGUAAUUCAGCGAAUGCAAGUUAGCCUUGCAUUUAAUAUUAUUAAUUGUAUAUAUGUAAAUAUAUAUACUGGACAGACUCGUUUAAUUGGAUAUUUUGAUUUCGUAAGACAUUGUGUAUUGUGUAUACAAAGUUGAUUAACUCUGCGUUUUAUAUAAAAAUAAUUGCUGUUGCUCAGGUGGUCCAGGUUAAGAAAUUGUACAAUCGCAGCACAUCAAAGUG